AUGAUCACACAUAUGCGCAUGGAAAACUUCAAAUCCUAUCUGGGUGUCCAGGAAGUCGGUCCAUUCCACCAGUGCUUCUCGUCCGUCGUGGGUCCCAACGGCAGUGGCAAAUCCAAUGUGAUUGAUGCCCUCCUUUUUGUCUUUGGCUACCGCGCCAAGAAGAUCCGCCAAGCAAAACUGAAGGAUCUCAUCCACAAGUCAGAGGGUCACACCAACCUCGACUCGUGCCGAGUCUCCGUCUUUUUCUCUGAAGUCAUUGACAAGCCCGAUGGCUCGUAUGAGACAGUUCCAAACUCCGAGUUUGUGGUCAUGCGUGAAGCCACCAGUGCCAACCAAUCCAACUACUAUCUCAACGGCAAGAAAAUGACCUUUAAGGAGAUUGGCACCCUUCUCCGGGCCAAGGGCAUUGAUCUCGACCAUAACCGCUUCCUUAUCCUGCAAGGCGAGGUUGAAUCCAUUGCCAUGAUGAAGCCCAAGGCCCAGCAUGAGAAUGACGAUGGUCUCCUGGAGUACCUCGAAGACAUUAUUGGGUAG